AUGUCAUCGCCUCCGGAUCUGCCCCCUCCCAAGGCUCAAGACACGGAGCCGGGUGUGUUAUCUCCCACGCCUUCGGCAUCUCAGCCUCGACAUGAUGGCCCCAAACGCCUGGUCGACAUGUAUAUAAAGCCGCGGAAAACCAUUGUCAACAAACUGAUGUUUACCCCUCCAUUUGACGCCGUGGAGAUCGGCAGGACAGUUCAAUUCGGGUGUUACCCAAAGCGUGAGCUGAAGGAACCAGGUUUGGAGGACGGAGGCCGAAACUCGCCCAUCCUAACAACAAACCGCGCUCUCGACAUGGUUCGCAGUCCGGAUGCCAUGCAUUGGUACAUCUUUGCCAAUAGCAACGUGGUAUGGGACAUAAUGACCAAACCAGUAUCGAAUCGGGAAUAUCACACCUCAGGAAGCGAGGUCAUGCCCUUUGGUCCCGCCAACUCAGCCGCUCUCACUUCCGAUUACCAGAAACCCCUUAUUCCCCGAUACGCCACGGCCGUCACCGAAUUGCCCCCGGAUCCCACCAAUGAUCCCUACGCCAGGGUGUGGAGGAAGUCUGCUGUCCUCGAAGAGGUUGAGCCCUGGAAAGACAAAGUAGCACAAACAGCUGAGAAUGUGGAUCCCGACGAGAUUCCUCUCUCUCCUCCAUCAGUCUACCUGAAAAGUCCUUCUUCUUCGAGGAGGUCCUCGACAGGGGAAGUUCAUGCAUCCAAUGGUCAACCUUUGAGAGAGAACAAAGAUAUUAAACAGCUGUCUCAAAUCACAGUGGAGGAGAAGGAUCUGGACACUGAGGAUGUGGAAACUCAGAGCCAAUCUGGGGAUGAGGUUAUGCACAUAGAUGCCGACAAUGCCUCGGAUAGUGGCGGAUCACCCAUGGACCUUGAUGAAGAGGUGUCCUAG